UUGUAGCAAUGGGUCUGCAGUACAAGGCAACUUCCCGUCAUCAUCCAAAACAACACACUCAAACCGUCGGUAUUGGGUUCACAACGGCCGCCGGUAAACAACCACUGCCAAAAAAAAUCCUCAUUCCAUAACUUUAUCCGACACACACUCUGCUCAACAACACAUCACUAUGAACAACACAGUCUCUCGCUUCAUUAUCCACAAUCUUCUACCUCCAAACACUCAAACUUUCACUAGGAUUCACAUCCCCUUCACAUCUUCUACACGUCGCCAGAGAUUCCGUACUCUCGCCUUUUCCGAUUCUCCAGAGGUUAGUGACGAGAAGAUGGUGGUGGUAGGUGGUGGUGCUGCCGGAAUAUACGGUGCAAUUAGGGCUAAAACGUUGGCUCCUAAUCUUAAUGUUAUUGUAAUUGAAAAAGGGAAGCCACUUGCAAAGGUUAAGAUAUCGGGAGGUGGUCGUUGUAACGUUACGAAUGGGCAUUGUGCUGAUAAUACGAUUUUAGCCGAGCAAUAUCCGAGAGGAAGUAAGGAGUUUAGAGGUUCGUUUUUUAAUGUUCAUGGCCCGAGUGAUACCAUGUCAUGGUUUUCUGAUCAUGGGGUUGAAUUGAAGACUGAAGAAGAUGGAAGGGUUUUUCCAGUGAGUGAUAAUUCGUCUUCAAUAGUUGAUUGCCUUUUAAAUGAAGCUAGGCAGAGGGGAGUUAAACUGCAGACAGGAAAGUCUGUAACAUCGGCUUCUACUUCAGCUGGUGGCAAAUUUACGCUUAAAAUUGAGAAGCGCACGAUCGAUUAUGUGGAGUUUAUUGAAGCUGAUUAUUUGUUAAUCGCUAGUGGCAGCAAUCAGCAGGGUUAUAAUCUUACCAAUCAGCUUGGCCAUUCUAUCAUUAAACCGGUACCGAGCUUAUUUACAUUCAAAAUCGAUGAUAAGCCGUUGACAGAGUUAUCUGGGAUUACAUUCCCGAAAGUCAAAGCAAGUUUAAAGCUCGAACCGUUGCAGAAGAACAUUCCGGAGCUUACCCAGGUGGGGCCCAUGUUGGUCACGCAUUGGGGACUUAGUGGACCGGUUGUUCUUCGAUUAUCUGCUUGGGGUGCUCGUGAUCUCUUUAGUUCGGAAUAUAAAGGAACGCUUCUUGUUGACUUUUCUCCUGAUGUGCAUAGUGAAGAUUUGAAGUCUUUGUUAUCUCAACACAAAAAAAAGUUUCCGAAGCAAAAGGUAGUCGGUUCAUACCCUCCAGAACUCGGGCUUGUGAAGAGAUUUUGGAAAUAUUUGUUAAACCGUGAGGGGAUAGAUGAAGAUAUCUUGUGGGCUUCCAUUUCGAAUAACACUUUGAUGUCGGUUGCUGCUUUACUAAAGCAGUGUUCCUUUAUAGUGAAAGGAAAGGGCCAAUUUAAGGAUGAAUUUGUCACAGCUGGAGGGGUCCCAUUGUCUGAGAUCUCACUGAAAACUAUGGAGAGCAGAAUUAAACCCCGUUUGUUCUUUGCUGGAGAGGUGCUGAAUGUUGAUGGAGUUACAGGAGGUUUCAAUUUCCAGAAUGCUUGGUCAGGUGGGUACAUAGCAGGAACAAGUAUAGGCAAGAUUGCCGCCACAUCAGCACCUUCUUUAAUAGAACAGGCCAUGUAACACCCCACAAUACGAAACAACUUUUGAGCAUCAAACAAUCCACAUUUUUUACCUGUAGGUUGUAUACUUGUAUUUAUCUUAAUUUAUGUUCAAUAAGAAGUCUUGAAAACGAAAAUUUUACAUA